AUGAUCGCCCUUUUUGUGAUGAUGUAUUCUGUGACCGGGCAAUGCCAGGACCCUACUCUGGGGAUGCUACUUGUGUCGAGUACCUUGAUAUACUCUUCCGUCCCCAUCGACCUGACGCCACACACCGAUCAACUGACAGCCUUAGCUCGAUCAGCCGGUCUGUCCGGUUUGGUUGUAUGGUUUUCAGUCCCGCAGUACAUCCUCCGUGAAGGUCCGGAAAUGGCGGCUUCAGCAGCUCAGAUACACGCUCUCGGCGCUUCGGCUUUCGUCGCAUCCGGGAAUCCUGCCAAAAAUAGCGCCACUAAAUCAGUGUUCUUCGGGUCGAAGCUGAACAACAAUGACCUGAUGAAGCUGAAUCUGAAAUGCAAAGCCAGAAGCGUUUCCCGUCGCGGCACGCCACUCCGUGUGGUGGCUGAGAAAGUCGUGGGAAUUGACCUUGGGACAACGAACUCCGCAGUGGCGGCGAUGGAGGGCGGGAAGCCCACCAUUGUUACUAACGCCGAGGGCCAGCGGACAACACCUUCAGUAGUUGCCUAUACGAAGAACGGGGACAGGCUGGUGGGGCAGAUUGCCAAGCGGCAGGCGGUGGUGAAUCCUGAGAACACGUUCUUCUCCGUGAAGAGGUUCAUUGGGAGGAAGAUGUCUGAAGUUGACGAGGAGUCGAAGCAGGUCUCAUAUCAUGUUGUCAGAGAUGACAAUGGAAAUGUGAAGCUGGAGUGUCCUGCCAUCGGGAAGCAGUUUGCAGCUGAAGAAAUUUCAGCUCAGGUUCUGAGGAAGCUUGUUGAUGAUGCAUCAAAGUUUUUGAACGACAAGGUAACUAAGGCAGUGGUCACUGUUCCAGCAUACUUCAAUGAUUCUCAGAGGACUGCUACAAAGGAUGCUGGUCGUAUUGCUGGCUUGGAGGUUCUCCGCAUUAUAAACGAACCAACAGCUGCUUCACUUGCCUAUGGUUUCGAAAAGAAAAGCAACGAAACUAUAUUGGUUUUUGACCUUGGAGGUGGUACUUUUGAUGUGUCAGUUCUUGAGGUUGGUGAUGGUGUGUUUGAGGUGCUGUCUACUUCUGGAGAUACACACCUUGGCGGUGAUGACUUUGAUAAGAGAAUUGUGGACUGGCUUGCUUCAAAUUUCAAGAAAGACGAGGGGAUAGAUCUUUUGAAGGAUAAACAAGCUCUUCAGCGUCUGACUGAGACCGCUGAGAAAGCUAAAAUGGAACUAUCAUCGUUGACACAAGCUAAUAUUAGGCAUGUUUUGAACCUUUUAUGUCUUUUGGGAACCUUCCUCAUGCACUCAACUUACCUCUUAACUUUUUGUCCCUUUUUCAGUUUGCCUUUCAUCACUGCCACUGCAGAUGGUCCCAAACAUAUUGAAACCACCCUUACAAGGGCUAAGUUUGAAGAGUUGUCCUCAGAUUUGCUUGACAGGCUCAAAACCCCUGUUCAAAAUUCGCUGAGGGAUGCAAAGCUCUCCUUCAGUGAUAUAGAUGAGGUAAUCCUUGUUGGUGGUUCCACACGUAUUCCAGCAGUUCAGGAACUUGUUAAGAAAUUGACUGGAAAGGACCCAAACGUUACCGUGAACCCCGAUGAAGUUGUUGCCCUUGGAGCUGCAGUGCAGGCUGGUGUGUUGGCUGGGGAUGUUAGUGACAUUGUUCUUCUUGACGUGACACCACUAUCAUUGGGUUUGGAAACUCUUGGUGGGGUUAUGACGAAGAUUAUUCCAAGAAACACCACACUGCCAACUUCAAAAUCGGAAGUGUUCUCAACAGCUGCUGAUGGCCAGACCAGUGUCGAGAUUAAUGUACUUCAAGGCGAGAGAGAGUUUGUUAGGGAUAACAAAUCUCUAGGUAGCUUCCGUCUUGAUGGGAUCCCGCCAGCUCCCAGAGGGGUUCCUCAGAUUGAGGUCAAAUUCGACAUUGACGCCAACGGAAUCCUAUCUGUAGCCGCCAUCGAUAAGGGAACUGGGAAGAAGCAAGAUAUCACCAUCACUGGUGCCAGCACAUUGCCAAGUGAUGAGGUUGAAAGAAUGGUCAGUGAAGCUGAAAGAUUCUCAAAGGAAGACAAAGAGAAGAGGGAUGCCAUCGACACUAAAAACCAGGCCGACUCGGUAGUUUAUCAGACAGAAAAGCAGUUGAAGGAGCUCGGUGACAAAGUCCCUGCCCCCGUCAAAGAAAAAGUCGAGGCCAAAUUGGGAGAACUCAAGGAAGCCAUCUCUGGUGGCUCAACUCAAGCAAUGAAAGAUGCCAUGACCGCUCUUAACCAAGAAGUAAUGCAGCUCGGGCAGUCACUCUACAACCAACCUGGUGCUGGCCCAUCACCUACUCCGGAGGGCUCGUCUGAAAAGGGACCCGAUGGCGAUGUCAUUGAUGCAGACUUUACAGACAGCAAAUAA